AACCUAGUUCGUUCUACGCAGUUUGGGGAGCAGUAACGUCGUCAGUGAUAUUUUGCAAAAAUCUUAUUUGCGAUCAAAUAUAUAACUAUGAAGUUGAACUAGCUGAAUAGAUCAUACAAAUCACUACUAUAUUGCAGAAUUCCUGAGUCAGUUUCAUUCAGGUACCAUAAUAAGCAAUUCACCAGGAUGUUCAUGUUCAACAAUCAGCCGUCCUGUCCCUGGGGUGGGAACUUCAACGGCAACCGACCCAUGAUGAUGAAUGGGCCCCCGCCAUUCCCUGUUGGGGGUCCCAGGCCACCCUUGCCCUACCAUAUGUUGCCACAAAACUCUCGCAACUGGCAGGGCCCUGGACCUUCAAGGAUGAGAGGGAGGGGCUUCAGAAGGGGGCGUGGCUUUUUCCAUCACCAGGGCAAUGCACAAAUUGUGAAUCAGAACAUUAUCCAAGACAAUGUGCUUACACCCAGGGAUCAGUGUUGUCAGUGUGGUGAGCGGCUACAGAAUAGUGGGGAACCAGGCAUACACCUGUGUGACGGGGGCAGUGAGAUACACAUAGAGAUGCCUGCAACAUCAUCUAGCAGGGAACCAGAACUAAAGGAAGAGGAGGAUGACCUGGAGUCCAGGCUGGAGAAGCUCCUUGAGAACAUGAAGGACUUUGUUCGUACCAAGUACGACACUGUGACUGAGGCACUGGAGGGUUACGUGUCAGACAAGAUCGGAGAAAUCACCACACUACACAGGGAGAACAGUGAGACCAAGCUGGCGUUGGAGAAACUGAAGACAGAGCUGGAAGAGAAGGCGGCCCAGCUUCUGAAACAGGAGAAGGAGGUGAAGGAGAGGCAGAGGAAACUCACAAAGGAUCAGGACUCUUUCAAGCGGGACAUGAAGAAAGAACGUGAAGAAAUUUGUCGGCAAUGGCAACAGCUUCGAGAUGAAAUCACUCGCAUGGAAGAAACCCAUAAAAUCCAGAAGGGUCGCGUCAAGCUGGACGUAGGUGGUCACGUGUUCACGACGUCACUUCUGACGUUGACGCGGGAAGCAGACUCAAUGCUAGCGGCCAUGUUCAGCGGCAGGCACGAGCUACUGAAGGAGGAGGACGGCUGCGUGUUUAUUGACCGAGAUGGCACUCACUUCCGGUAUGUGCUGAACUAUCUCCGGGAUGGGGGACUCAAUAUGGACUGUCUGCCCAGAGAUCGUCAGCUUCUGAAAGAACUCAAGAAAGAGGCUACAUACUACCAACUUCAUGGCUUGCUUCAGCAGAUCGAAAAAUACUUGUACUGAGAAGACUUUAAAUGAGCCAAGUUCUGGGUAAAUUAGGCUUCAUCCAUGUGCGUCAAGUGUCGUUCCAGGCAUACAGGCUAAUCAGAGACGACAAUUCUGCUUUUAUAAAAUUUUUCGUUAAAAGAAAGUCCCUUCUAAACGAAAUUCCAGUUAAGGCGGAAAGUGGGGCGACUAUUCACGCGUAUGCAUUAAACCCCGUUUUCUCAGAGCGCGGCUCAGUUAAGAUUUCUUUUUGAGAUUAUUAAGACCAGAAGUUGCAACUCUUUGCAAACAUGAAAUUAAGUGUGUAAGUGUUGUGAAAGGAUAUGCACAGCCGGAC